AUCUUAGCUGUCGGGGAAAGUAUGGAGCUCGAAAACUUAAGAAAUUUGAGGGAGAGAUGCAGCGUGAGGCGGGACAUCGUCAGAGAGUUUCUGGCUGAAUUACUGGGGACAUUCGUAUUGAUACUCUUUGGUUGUGGUUCAGUGGCCCAGACUAUUCUCAGCAGAGAAAAACAAGGAGAAAAUCUCACCAUCCACUUUGGAUUUACUCUAGGGGUGAUGCUGGCCGUGUACAUGGCGGGAGGAGUGUCAGGUGGACAUGUAAACCCAGCUGUUUCUCUGGCUAUGGUUGUCUUGGGGAAACUCCCAUUAAAGAAAUUUCCUGUCUAUGUCGUAGCCCAAUUUCUAGGUGCCUUUUUGGGGUCUUGUGCUGUCUUCUGUCUGUACUACGGUGCCUUUGCAAAUUUUGCUGACGGAAAACGGAUUGUAAUUGGUGAAAAUGCCACAGCAGGUAUCUUUGCCUCAUAUCCACAUGAAGAUCUUUCAUUGUUAAAUGGAUUAAUUGAUCAGGUGAUUGGCACAGGUGCCCUGGUCCUUUGCAUUUUAGCCAUUGUAGAUAACAAGAAUAUUGGGGCCCCUAAAGGAAUGGAGCCACUGGUUAUUGGUCUGAGCAUCCUGGCUAUUGGAGUGUCCAUGGCGCUGAACUGUGGCUAUCCCAUCAACCCUGCCAGAGAUUUGGGACCUCGUCUCUUCACUGCUAUGGCAGGAUGGGGACUAGAUGUGUUCAGGGCUGGAAAUUGUUGGUGGUGGGUUCCAGUGGUCGGGCCGAUGAUGGGUGGUGUGGUUGGGGCAAUGAUCUACUUCCUGAUGAUUGAGCUGCACCACCCAGAGCCUGAGAAGAACCUUGAAGAUGACAACAGCAUCAAAGAUAAUGAAUUGAACACUGUAAACUAGAAGGAGAGGGAAAGUGUGGGAUCUUUUCCUUCACCAUAGGCCU